AUGGGCUCCGCGGCGAAAGAGUCCGCCAUGGACGAGAUCCAAUGGAGGAAUCCGGCCUUCAUCAUGCAAUUCGGACCGUUGCACACAAAUACCGUGUUACACUACUUCGCUACAUCACCGUUCUUCGACCCAACGUCCAACAACAAUGUUAUCCAGAACCAAGCCCAGUACAAUGCCAACCUCUUUCACGUCCUCGCCACCCGCGAGGCCUUCGAGACACGCCUGAAGAGUAUGCAGGGCCUCGAAUACAUUGUCGCCGAGCAGCCCGCCGAGACUGGCCCGGGCCAGGGAACGGGUGUCUGGAUAAUUCGCAAGCAGAACAGACGGAAGAGGCCAGGCCAGGAAGACGAAUUGACGGUGCAUAAGGACUAUUUCUUGGUUGGGGAGAACCUAUAUGCCGCACCGACAUUUGCGGACCUCAUGAGCUCCAGAAUGGCCACCAUUUCUACGGCAGUGGGGAAGAUCCUCGAGAGUGCCAACAGUGUACAGAAGUGGACACCUGCGAAGGGACAUGUCUAUGCCAAUCCUCAAAUACCACGCGCCUCGACCUUGGAGCCAAAAGAAGCGACACCCAUGCCGGAAGGCCCCGGCGGCAAGCAAGGCCAACCACCCGCGAAAACCUCGACAAAGGAGGAAGAGCUCGAGCGCCUGGCCGAGGAAUCCUUCCGCAUCCACAUGAAGUACGGUGGCGACUACAUGGAUGAGAUACCCAUCACCGGAGCGCCAGGGAACUUCCACUUCGCGUCGACCGGGCGCAACGACAAGCUUGCCGUACCAAAUGUGCCACCUGUAACCCUAAAGCCGUCCACACUAGCUCCAUUGAACACGAAAACUGUCGAGGUGCUUUCUGCGAAGGACGCCAAGAAGACGAAGAGUCCACGGCCUGGAGGCAGCGGGAGGUCAAAGGACAGAAGGAAAAGCAAAGGGGGCUCAGGCGUGGCCACUGGUACGCCAACGCCAUCUUGA